AUGGUUCAGCUCAACAUUCUUAAAAAACAGGGCAAAAGGCAGAAAGUAAGAAGCAGGUCUGCCUUUGCUGUUGGCCAGAGGGUUGUGCGGAAGAACAUCCGCAUGCAGCAGAGGAAAGGGGGGAAACUGGAGCGCACCUGGCUGGGACCAUAUACCAUCACAAAAUUGGAGAACAAGAGCAUCAUGGACGCAUGGAAGGGCAAUAAAAGCCAUGUCAUUCUAUCCAGAGUGGGGGACUACAAGGUCUUUUAUCAAGACGUCUUCCAGAUGGGCCCUGGACAAGAGUUGGAGAGUGAGCACAUUUGUGUAGAUGACGUCUACACAAAAGAGCAGAAGAUGGAGCACGCCUACACGUUUGGGGUGCUGGUCUGCGACCAGACCAUACGAUACACCGAGAAGGCGAAGCACACCGAGAAUGUGCACAGGCAGCAGCUGGAGUGCCUACGGAGGGAGAACGAACGACUUGGACAGGAUCUCAGGACAUCCCAGGCCAGCUUGUCUGUUACGCAAACAGAUCUGGACGCCACACAGAACGAACUCGAUGACCUCCGCUGCACGAACGCCUCCCAAGAACUGGACUACCUGGACAGCAUGACCGCCUCCCAAGAUACUGAUUCGUCCCAUCCAUUGUGUUCGACGAUGGUCGAUGACAUGGACGAGAACGGGAACGGAGAUCCACUACCAGGCCCCUGAAAAAAUACUACCAGGCCCCUGUAAAGUAGUGUAGUUUGAUAUUGUAAAUAGUGUUUUUUUUUUAAUAUAGUGUGACAUUGUAAAUAGUGUGCUUUUUUUUAAACUUCAAUAAAAACUCAAACAU